AAAAGAAAUCUAAGCUAACUUCUUACCUCGCUCUCUGCUUGCUACCUUUUCGUUUCUCCUCCUCUUCAAUUUUCAAUCUCCACCUUCCUUUCCAUUUGCUUUCUUCUCCGUUAGUGGUUGCAUUGCUUCAUUGGCUGAUUGAUGGUAGUGAUUUAGGUUUCGAUUUGAUGUUUUCAAUUUGUUUUGGAUGCCCUAAGCUUCUGUUUGGUUGCUGGGAAAAUUCACCAAAGCCUUGAGAAAAUUUGAUCUUCAUUGCUUGCUUGUUCGUUUUUCAGAAUUAGGAUGAGAAAAUUAUUUAUCUUCUUCAUUACCCCACCCAAAUUCCCUCCAUUUUCCAUCUCAUUUAAAAAAAAAAAAAAAUCAAAACCCCAGUUCUUAUUUUUUUACACAAAUACUUGUUUCUAUAGUUAAUCGUUUGAUAUUCGAAGAUUGUUAGGUGAGUAGAACCUUCAUGCUUGAUUUAUUGCUGUGAGUACAAAUGUGGGUUUGUUUUGAUUGACAAUUUGAUGAGACAGACAUACCUAUAUUGUAGUUGAAGUAGAAGGGAGAAGGAAAAGAUAGUCGUGAUGGCUUGUAGAUGGUGCUUAGAGUGCUUGUUGAAGCUCCUUAACUUCUUGCUUACCCUUGUCGGUUUGGCCAUGGUUGGUUAUGGGAUCUACUUGUUUGUUGAGUACGAAAGGGCUGCCGAUACAACCUUGUUGCUGUCAUCGUUAGUGCCUGUUGGUCCAGGUUCAAAUUCAAUGCAGCUUGGACGGCCCUUGUUUGUGUCUGAGUCUCUGGAAAGCUUUUUUGAUAACCUUCCAAAAGCAUGGCUUCACAUUGUCAGGAAAAUGGCACCAUGAUUCAUGCAUGCAUAUUUCCAGUUGAUUUUUUUGAUGACCCAUGACCAUUCUUUGGAUAAUUGGAUUAUAAUUUCAUGUGUGUAUGUUAUGCAACUGAUCUGAAAUCAAGCUUGCUUGGCUAAUUCUGGGUGGUGAUUGAGUUGAUGCAAUGUGAAGCUUGAGAAACAAUAGUUAGUGUUGGCUUUUGGCAGUUACAUCGUAUUCCUUGUUCAUGAAAUGGGAAAGAGCUAUCUAUCUUCUGAUGGUCAUAUUUAUUGUGAAGGAGCCUAUGGGUUUCUAUGGGAAGUCAAAUUCUUUAUUUGACUGGAAGUCUGGGACAAUAUUCUAGCUGUGUUGCUUUUGAACUGCCCGAUUCUAAAUUUUGACUGUGUCUUUACAGGUUCAUAUACUUAUUUAUUGGCGUAGGAGUGGUUCUCUUCAUCAUCUCAUGUUUUGGUUGUAUUGGAGCUGUAACACGGAAUGGCUGUUGCUUGAGUUGUUAUUCUGUCUUGGUGUUUUUGUUGAUCUUGGUUGAGCUGGGAUGUGCAGCUUUCAUAUUCUUUGACAAAAGCUGGGAGUCUGAACUUCCAACUGACAGUACUGGAGAUUUUGACAUGAUAUAUAAAUUUCUGGAAGAACACUGGAUUAUUGUUAGAUGGGUUGCUCUUGGGGCUGUAGUUUUAGAGGCUCUGGUUUUCUUCUUAGCCCUUAUAGUUAGGGCUGCCAAUAGACCUGCCGAAUAUGACACUGAUGAUGAGCUCAUUGUGCCACGACAACAAAUCAGGCAGCCUUUGCUCAGCAGGCCUCCACCUCCAGUCACAGGUGUGCCUGUUGCUGGCAGCCUUGAUCAACGUCCCAGCAGAAGUGAUGCUUGGAGUGCACGCAUGAGGGAAAAGUAUGGGCUGGACACUUCGGAGUUCACAUACAAUCCAUCAGAGUCACAAAGGUACCAGCAAGUGGCCACACAACCAGCAGAAGAGAGGAGCCGUUGCACCAUCAUGUGAUGUUCUGGGCUUCAACCACUUAUAAAAGUAGAUGAUGGAUUUCAAAGAUUAUUUCUUGGGCAAUGGCGUGAGAGCUUUGAUAUUUCUCAGAUAACAAACGGUCUAUUUCUCUUUGUUGAGUUUGUGUACAACUGAGUUCUGUACAAUACACUCAUUUUUCAGGAGCUUUGCUAGUUACAGACAUCCUUAGAAAACAAAUUGCUUCUGCCAAAAUGCAUUACCAUUUUGUGUGUAAAAUUGCAGUGCCCCCUAGGGUAUGUUGUGGAGUUGGAGCUGAGAUUUACUGCUCAAACCUUGAAAAUCUCACACUCAAAUUGAGUAUCUCAGCAUCGGGCUUGAGUUUUGACAUGAUUUCUCAGUGCCUUCAGCAAGCAUAAAUUUGUCUAGACCUGCCUUUCCUUUUUGACUGCUUGGAUUUUCUGUAUUCUUCUGAUGGAUGGAAUAUUGUUUUC